AUGUCAAGAGUAGUAGUAAGAUUUCUUUUGAAUGGACAAUGCAUUGCAACUAAACCAUUAAAUUCACAAGACAGUUUGAAAACAGUAAGAGAGAAACUAAAAGAAAAGAUGUCUGACUCUCAACACUUCUUAACAAAAGAUGGAGAUAAAAUUAAUGCGAAUGAUGAAGAGGAUUUUAUAGUAGAAGAUAUAAUAAAUAAUGAAGAAAUUAAUCUUAAAGAAGAGAAAGAAAAUACACCAGAAGUUGAACCAAAUGUUCCAAUUGAAGGAAGUAUAAGAUUGAAAGAUCAUGAAAAUGGAAAGUUGAAAAUAUAUUUAUAUCCAAAUCAAGAAUUUAAUCAGAAAGAUGAGAAUGAUGCAAUUGCUAUUCUAGUUGUUGGUGAAACAGGAAGUGGAAAAACUACACUAUUAAAUAGUUUUGUAAACGCGUUAUAUGGAAUUAAAAUAACAGAUGACUUUAGAUAUAUAAUUAUAAAUGAAGGUGAUUUAAAACAACAUAAAGAUCAAUCUAAAAGUCAAACAAGUCAAGUAAUAAUUUAUAAUAUUAAAAGAACAAAAAGCACACCACCAAUCAAAAUAAUAGAUACACCAGGAUUUGGAGAUACAAGAGGACCUGAGUGGGAUAAAAAAAUUACUGAACAAAUAAAAGAAGCAUUUGAAACAAAAGUAUUAGAUUUAAAUGCUAUUUGUUUUGUUGCAUCAUCAAGUAAUGUAAGACUAACAGCAAGUCAAAAAUAUGUAUUUGGAAAUAUUAUUAAUUUAUUUGGGAACGAUGUUAAAAAGCAUUUUAUUGCUAUGCUUACAUUCUGCGAUGGUAAAAAACCAAAAGUUAUAAAUGCAUUACAAUCAAAAGAAUGCAUUUUCAGUACAAUUAUUCCAGAAAUAACCCCACCAUGGUAUUUAAAAUUUAAUAAUUCAGCUAUUUAUGAUGAUAAUACAGAAGAUGAAUUUACACAAAUGUUUUGGAAAUUAGGUAUGAAGAAUUUUGAUGACUUUAUAACAAAAUUAGUAACAUUACCAAGAAUAUCAUUAGAGAAAUCGAGAGAAGUGUUGAAGAAAAGAGAACAAAUAAAAGCACAACUCGAUGCAAUAAAAACAUCAUUAAACAUUGGUUUCUCAAAAAUGAAUGAAAUAGAACAGACACGUAAACAAUUCUAUGAUAAUCGAGAAAAAGUUAAAAAAAAUCAAGAUUUUACUGUUAUUACAACUGAAACAGUACCAAAGAUGGUUGACUUAAAAAAAGGAGAAGUAGUAAUUAAAUGUUAUCAAUGUAAUAACAUAUGUCAUGAUCCAUGUCAUUGCCGACAUGUUUUUGAAGAUGGAGAAGAGAAAGUUGCAUGUUAUGUCAAUCAGACUAAAGAUGGAAAUUGUGUUGUUUGUGGUUGUUAUUAUACACAUCAUAAAUACAGUACAUAUAGAAUCGUAUAUGAAACAGUGAAAAAACAACAAACAGCACAAGAUAUACUUGACAGAUAUAAUGCAGGUAAAAGAGGUAUGGCUAAUGCAGAAGCUAUGUUAAAAAGGUUAGAAGAAGAGUACGAUAAAAUUCAGAUGGAAUGUUAUGAUAAAGAAAUAGAAAUUGUCGAAUGCGUUAAUAAAUUAUCUGAAAUUGCAUUAAAUGGUAAAGUUACUAGUUCAAGUGAAUAUUUAGACAUGUUGAUUCAAACAGAAAAUGAUGAAAAGAAACCAGGAUAUGACGUACGAGUUAAAGGAUAUAAACAACUUAAACAAGCAAAUGAAAUGAUAGAAGAUAUUAUGAAAUACUUAACAGGAAAAAAGAGUAAGGAAGAAAUUAAGGCAGAAAUUAAAAGAAGAAUGGAAAAAGAAAUUCAAUAUUAG